UGCCAUCCUCUCAAAUUACGACAGAGUCCGAGAAGAAAAACAAGAGGUUUUCAUAUGAUCAUAGAUAUAGAUAUUCUACUGCCUGCAACAUGAGAACCAGAAGGAAUGCUCACAUGUGGCAGCUUUCUUCUAGGAAAGACGAGGGGCUAAUUGAGCAUGUGCAGUGCUGCUGUUUCUGUAUCUGCGUGUUUGCAGUAUUGUUAAACAAAGCGUGUCUGCAGGUCACUGUUGAAGGUGAAGUCGGAGGCUCUGCUGUCUUGCCCUGUUCUUCUAUUGAUAAUCAUCUUAAAAAAGAAGAUAUAACGGUUUAUUGGAGACAUAACAGCAGCCAAAAUGUUUAUGACAUAAUUGAAGGUGAAGGAUCGGUGGAGAGGCAGGACUCGGCGUACAAAAACAGAGCUGAAACCUUCCCUAUUGAGUAUAUGAAAGGAAACGUUUCACUCAAACUCAGUAACCUUCAAUUUAAUGAUUCAGGAAAGUACAUCUGCUACAUCACAAAGGCACAUAAAAAUCCAAGCACGCAGCUUUUUGUCAAAGAUAGAGGAAACCAUGGAACAGCAACAAGAGCAGAGAGGAUUGUGUCAUUUUUAAUUCUGCUCCAUAUUCUGCAGUAUAUUUGACCUAGAAUGAGAUGUGUGAAGUGUAUUUUGUCUUGACAAGAAGUUAAGAGAUUUAUUAUAUUUGUAGUUUAUUAUAUUAAUUUUUUUUUCGUUUGA